GCGAGGGUACGCAUCAAUUUGUAGUCUUCAGUUGGCACCCUGUUUUUUCUUUUCCUGCAACGAAUAGAAAGAGAUUUUCUUCUGCAUUAUUGUUAUGAUCGGAGCCCGUUGCAAUAUGAGCCUGCACGAGCUUGUGUUGACAGACGCCUGUGCUGUGAGGUGUGCGUGUCAGCGUGCAACAUAAAACGACAAAACAGAGGGACAGAAAGGAAAGGAAAGGGAGAGUGAGAGUGAGAGCACGCAUCGCUGGAUAUCAUAGGUUUUGGCAGCUCUCAUGGUGUAACAGACAGCCUCGUAUUUAAGCAGCAGAAACCAGUUCAGCACCUGCAAUGGCUUGUGUUGUAAAAUGGACGUUUUAAAGAAGACACAAUGAAAACACGGACUCACAAAGAAUCGAUGCCCAUGCGUAGUGGGCGACGGCGGGGGGCAAGCGAGGAGAGAAGGGGAAGGCGCCCGCACGCCAGCCCUACUCGCCCUGAGCGCAAUGACAGACAAACGCAAAGAGGUGCUGGUGAGGAAUUGGCUGGAAAUCGCUUCAGUCGCAGAUCACAAGGGCAUGAUUCAUCAGAGAGUGAGGGGGAGGAACUUGUGUCUCCUCCAAAGAGGCAGAAAGUUCAGGAUCCAGCCUCUACCCCAAACCCUCCAACAUCAACACACUCGACUGACAGCUCAGCUCCUUCCAAUGUCCCGCCUCCAACUUCGGUUGCCAACCAAUCCCGUGAGAGUGACAAUGAAGACGGCCAAUCCCAGGGCAGUAGGAGCUCAGUUGUAGGGAGCCUGGCCAAUAGCAGCAGUAGCCUGAGUAGUGGGCGGGAUAUAGACCAGGACAAUCGUUCCUCAUCCCCAAGUCUCUCUGCUUCCCCUCUGGGUAGCCUGGACUCUGAUUCCGAUGGCCCCGACUCACCAAAGCAAGGAGAGAGGGAACGGGAGAAAGGCAAGGAGGGAGGAGUGGGUAAGGUGGCAGGAGAGGAUAGGAGGGCGCUAAGAGAGGGGAGAGGAGGGGAGGAGCCCUGCGGAGAUGGAGAAAAGCGGGAGGUGGAUGCACGUAUUGAAGACUGUCCAUCUCUAAAGCCCCCCUCCACUCCUUGCUCCUCCGCGGGUCUGACUCCCUCCAUGCGGGGAGCGGGGGAUUCAUCAAAUGACAGCAAUAGCGGGAGAAAGUCCUAUUUUUCCAUGGACUCUAAACUGAUGUGUAAAGUUGAGUAUGGAGGACCACCGAGCGUUGACGGUGCAUUAAGUGGCAACAGAAUGAAUUCCAAAGCCAGUUCACAGUGUGGGACCAAGACUAUCUCAGGAGGAGAAUUUCCCCACAACAGCCCCAAUAUUCCCCACCCUUUGCCCCCUCCCCUUCCUCCUCCACCUGCGCUGAAGCCCCUGGAGCUCGGGGGACAAAACCUGCCUGCCGAGGUUAAGACUGAAAGAGACAAAAUAGAAAAAACAGACAAACUUCUGGACAAAUCCAAUCCGCCAUCUCUAUUGCCUCAGACCAGCCCCCUCCCACAAUCCCAGUCUCAAACCCAACCCUCUGCCCACCCUCACCACUAUAGCUCCUCUAGCUGGCAGGGUGGCACAGCAACUGGUUGCCAAGGGAGCUGGGGUUACACCCGUUACCCUGGCAACCACCACCCGCACCAACCCCAGCACCAGCCACCCGUGCAGCAGCAACAACUUCCUUCAGUGUACAACCCUCCAUCAUCUCGCCACUCCUCCUCCCACCCCUCUUACCUCCCUCAUCCCCACCCCCACAGGGAGUACCUUCCCAGGUACGCUGGAGGGGGAGGGGACAGAGAGAGGGGGGCUGCAGGAGAGAGGGAGAGGGGAGCGAGGGGGGAGUGUGGGGGGAGGGAGAUAAACAGGGAGUUCUCCGCUCCCAUCAGCAGCAGCAGCAACAAUAGUGGUGGGGGUAAUAGUAAUAGUGCCUGUAGUGGGAUAGGUGGAUCAAACAACAUCCAAGGCAGAGAUUUUGGUGGUCUCCCAGUGAGCCAGAACCGAGACUUCCAAGGUUCUGGUAGAGAUGGACCUAACUUGGGCCCUGACAGAAGAGACUUUGGCCCAGCUUUUAGAGACAGAGAACGAGAAAGGGAACGGGAUACAGGGAGGGACUUUCCUCUGCCAAACCAAAACCAGAGUAGAGACUUUGGCCCCAAUGGAACUAGCGGGGGGCAUUCUAGAGACAAAGAUGGAGGCAGAUGGGCUGAGUUUGGGAGCCAGUCUAGAGAUGUAGUAAAUGCCAGUAACCCAAACAACAACCCCAUUCCUCCAAGUUCCACCAGUGGGUUACCUGGUGCCCAAGUGCUGAACCGAGAUCCUCCAACAUCACCUCAGAACAAUCCUAAUCACACCUCCCAUCCCUCUCAGCCUCCACAUCCACACCCACAUCCCCCAAACUCAUCCAACAGAGACUUCCCUCCGUCCUUGGACCAGGCACAAACUCCCUCCUCUGGAACAGACCACUUUCACAGAGAGUAUCCACCCACGGGAGGGAAAGACUUUCCUCCUAGUGCACCACCUUCUACCGGCACAAAUCGAGAGUACCUUAGCCCGCCUGGUGUGGCGCCAAACCUAGGACGAGAGUAUUCAGGACCUGGAGGAACCCAUCACCCCCAUCCAGCUCACCCACACUACCAGUCUGGGUCUAGAGACAGAGAAAGAGACCCAAACUUGCGAGAUUCUGCUCUGUACCAAAACCGUGGGGGCCCAAAUCAACCUCCUGCACUCUCUCCUUCCUCUUCUUCCAGCCAUCAUGGACACCCACCAACUGCUUCUUACCCCCCUCCACCACCUCCUCUACCACCAAGUCAAACUUCCCAUACUCAACCACCUCCAUCAAGUAUGGCCCCCAAUGCACGUCCCCCACACUACCAAUCCUCCUCCCAGACCCCUCCAACACCCCUAUCCCCAUUACCCAGCCCAUCCACCAAUCAGAUGGGAAGCUUCUCAUCUUUCCCCCCCGGCUCUUCCUCUGGAGGCAACAUGCCCCUUCCUGGUCCAGGUGUAUCAUCCAGCUGUUCACCUGGAUGUCGGCCCUCCCCUUUCCACGGCACUUUGAACAGCCACCCUCCAUUCAGUGGAACGUACCACUCUAAUGGGAACAGCGGCAGUAACAUGGCCAAUAGCAAUAGCAACAGUAGUGCAUCCAGCAACAGCAAUACCAACUCGCAAUCUCUUUCGCCUCAAAGUGUUUCCAAAGGACCCCCCCCUCUUAGCAACUCUGCCAACAACAACAUUUCCCUCCCAGCGUCCAACUCUUCGAUUCCUGGUGGAGAAGGACAUGCAGAUUCAGCCCAACCUCCAACACCUUUGAUCAAAGAGGAACCAAUAGAAGACAGGGAAGAGAGUGAAAGUCCACCACCAGUGCUGAGAAGCCCAUCCCCUGAACCAAAACCUGUUGACAUUCCAAUCCACGCCAGCCAAUCAGCAAGGUUUCACAAGGUCCUUGACCGUGGAAGUGGGAAUUCCUGUGCUCGUAGUGAUGUUCUUUUUGUCCCAUUGGAUGGCUCCAAACUGUGGAAGAAAAGGAAUGAGGUUAUUGAAAGGGCGCGUAGGGAGGUGGAACAGCGGGCUAGAGACCUGAGAGAGAAAGAGCGAGAAAGAGAAAGGGAGCGUGAGCGUGAGAGGGAACUGGACCGACAUCUACAGCAGCAGAAGGACAUUAAUGCCACAGGCGGAGGUCGCCAGGGCUCCUCUCUCUUCUUCCCCUCCUCGACUUCCAUCAUCCUCGACCCUUCGUCUUCUUCCUCCUCUUCCGCUGGGAAUUCAGUCUCUCACCCUGCCCCUCACCCUCAGCAUCAUCCCUCACACCCACACGCUCACCUUCCACCGGCACACCACCUUCACCCCGGCCUUGCUCACUCUAUCCCGCACUCCCUUCUCCUGCCGUCAAUGGCAGGGGCCUCAGCGGUAGUUGGAGGCCCUCAGGGAGCCUUGGGAAUAGGUUUAGGAGGUCCAUAUUUGGGCCCUGAUACUCCAGCACUUAGAACCCUGAGUGAAUACGCCCGCCCUCAUGCUAUGUCUCCACUUGGAGCUGCAAGUCGUGCUCAGGCACAUCACCCUCAAGUCCAUCAUGGCCAUCCCCACGUCCAUCCUUCAUUCUUUCUCCCUCAGUUCCAGAAUCAUGCUUUAGGCCACCCACAUCACCUGCCGGCUGAUGCAGCCACAGCAGCAGCCAUUUUGGGCUUUUUAUAUGGUGGCAGCCUUGAGGGGGGUCCAGGUGUCGGAGGCCACCCUGGAGUGGCAGGAGGCCCAAUACCUGGAGGGAUUGGAGGCGCUGGGUUAGGAGGAGUUGGAUUUCCUCACACAAUGGCUGCACAUCGAGAUCGAAUAAAGCCAGGAUUUGAAUUUAAGAGCGAUGACCGGGUUUACCCACCAGGAUCCAUCCCUGAUCCUGCAGCUCUUGCCCUCGCUCAUUCUCAUUCUCAUGCUCAUGCUCAUGCUCAUGCCAAUGCCCAUGCAAAUGCGCACUCCCUGCUCCUUGGAGGAGGAGCAGCAGGAGCAAAUGAGGUGGCACUUUAUGGUACUCCUCCCCCAGCACCACCUGGCCCCCCACACCUCCAGAAUCCAACUCUGGCCCAGGUAACUCGACCUCCCAACCCUCCAGCCCCUCAGUCCCUGUCUAAUCCACCUCCCUCUUCUCUCCUCCCACCCUCUCUCCCCUCUCACCCGUCAUCCGCCCCACCAACUGCUCCCACAGCCCCUCCAGGCCCUGCUGCUCCACAACCAGCACCUCCUCCUCCUCAGCCUGCUCCACCAACCUCCAGCGCCACCUCACUUCAUCACCCAGUCCCUCAUUCUUCUUUUCCUAGCUCUCUGUCUUCUCAUCUGCCGCCAGCCCCUGCCCCAGCCGCUCCCCCUGAGGCUUACCCCACUCCAACCCGCUCUCCUGCCUCCUUUGAGCGAGAGAGGAGUGGGGAAAGAGAACGGGAGAGGGAGAGAGACAGAGCACCUUUACCCGCUUUUGGGGAACGAGAGCGGGAAAGAGAGAGGGAGAGAGAAAGGGGAGGAAGUGGUGGAGGUGGAGGAGGAGGGGGGAGUGGAGGAGGGGGAGGUGGAGGAGAGAAUCUGGGGCGUCUUCAAAUGCUAAAUGUGACACCCCAUCAUCACCAGCAUUCACACAUCCACUCCCACCUUCACCUGCACCAGCAAGACACAGCGACGGGCGGGGUUCACCCCCUGAUGGACCCGUUGGCGUCGGGGUCUCCUUUGGCACGCCUCCCCUACCCAGGAGCCACACUAGGCACCCCCAUCCUGGCUCACCCCCUCACUGACAGCGAGGUGCUCCGCCAACAGCUGUUCGGUGAGGAGAAGGCUCCUCGUCCAUGUGCUCCUUUCCGUGACCUGCCCCAGCCAUCCUCCCUCACUGGUCCGAUGUCAGCAGCCCAUCAGCUCCAGGCCAUGCAGCAGGCCCAGAGUGCAGAGCUGCAGAUCCAGAGACUGGCCCUGGAACAACAGUGGAUUCAUCACCAUCACCACCACUCCCUCACCCAGGAUGAGUACUACAGUCACUUGAAGAAGGAAAGUGACAAGACCCUGUGAGGGAGGGGCACAACAAAGGGCAGCAUGGAGGAAACUAAAGGAGUAUGUGUGCAAAAUUAAAUGCAAAACUUUGGCACUGAAAACAAUAAAGGAACAAAGACUCAAAAAGAAACGCUAAUGGACUUCAGUGAAGAAAACACGACUUUGAAGGAUUUACAAAAGAGGGAGGAGGGCGUGAAAAUGUUGCACACAGUCCCUGAUAAUUGCACCACGUCGAGGGUCCAGACCUCAGCGCUUCCCUGCAUAAUGUUCUAAAACUGCAGUCCUGUUUUGUAUCGUGCUCUGUACAGUAUAUUAGAUGGAGGCGGCGAUAGUGAAGUACAGUAUGUGUAAAAUACUUGAUGCCAGAAGGAAUGUGUACAUGAGUCUCUUUUCUGUCAUUGCAUGUAGCUAGGCGCUUACUCUGAACUGGUGGAACUUUUUUGUUCUAUUUUUAGUAACUACCCCCUCUUUUGUAUCUGAGGGGCGUUCAAUAUGCAUGAGACCAGCAAUUUAGUGUUACGUUCAUGAUCAAUAGUAUUGUUAUUAUGAUUAAUGUUGUCUGUUUGUUGAUAAUGAUAUAAUUAUAUAUACAGUACAUAUUAUUUGUAUUAUUUUUUUACAUUUUCAUGGUAUGGCGGUCAGUUUUUAUUUUUAUUUUCAAUUUACCUUGUGAAACAAGAUGCAAA